CUGAGCUCUCCGACUCUACUAAUCAUCUUUACAGUAAAAUAUUUCUGACAGGGUUUUACCUCCACAGUUCCAUCUGAUCCGUUGUGGUGUAUUUCAGGUGCUUAACUGUGUUCUGCUGGAAAGAUCAAGUAGGUGUCGCUGUGAGCGUCUCGGUCCCGUUCCUCCACACAUUGACAGAAACAGAAGAAGACGUGCUGCAGUUUUUCUGAUUGCUGAUCUGAGCUCUCCGACUCUACUAAUCAUCUUUACAGUAAAAUAUUUCUGACAGGGUUUUACCUCCACAGUUCCAUCUGAUCCGUUGUGGUGUAUUUCAGGUGCUUAACUGUGUUCUGCUGGAAAGAUCAAGUAGGUGUCGCUGUGAGCGUCUCGGUCCCGUUCCUCCACACAUUGACAGGUUUCUGAUGUAACAUCCUGGUGCAAGUCUUCUCCUGCGAUCAUCUUUGUUGCCUAUUCUAAAUUUAACUCUCAAGAAAGUCAAGAAUUAGGAUGACGACGGCUCAGAAUCUAACACCUGUUAGAAGGUCCAGUAGACUUCAGACGUCUUCUGGGUCUUUCAGCUCAUCAGUUAUUGAGGUGUUGAAAGUUCAUCAGUGCUCACAUUGUGGAAGGCGCUUCACAAAUAAGAGUAAUCUUCGGCGACACGCACAAAUUCACGCGGGAGAGCAAGCGUUGCAGUGUUUAGACUGUGGGAAGAGAUUUUUUCAGAAGAAUAGGUACCAAAUACACCAACGCAUUCAUGCUGGGGAGAAACCGUAUCAGUGUUCGUUCUGUGGGAAAGGUUUUACUCAGAACUACAAGUGCAAAGUACACAUGCGCAUUCAUACAGGAGAAAAGCCGUACACCUGCACGGAAUGUGGUACAUGCUUUAAAUACUUUACUUCGCUGCAAAAACACAAAAGCGUUCACACAGGAGAAAAACCGUAUCAGUGUCUGGAGUGUAAAAAGAGCUUUUCACACAGGUGUAAUCUCCUAAUUCACCAGCGCAUUCACACCGGAGAGAAACCGUAUCACUGCUCAGAAUGUGGGAAGGAUUUUAGACAAAAGUGUAAUUUCAAAAUUCCCCAACGUUCUCAUACUGGAGAGAAACCGUUUAGCUGCUUGGUGUGUGGGAAGGGUUUUAUAUGCAGCACUCAGCUCCAUGCUCAUGAGUGUGUUCACACUAAACUGAAACCGUAUCAGUGCCUGGAGUGUGACAAGUGUUUUUCAUACAGCUAUAAUCUCCAGGAACACCAACGCGUUCACACAGGAGAAAUGUAUUCCUGCUCAGACUGUGGAAAAAAAUUUACACUAAAGUCUAAUCUCCAAACCCACCAACGCAUUCAUACUGGAGAGAAACCGUUUUGCUGCUUGCAGUGUGGGAAGAGGUGUAGAAGUAAGGGUCAGCUCAAACUACAUAUGCGCGUUCACACUGGACUGAAACCGCAUCGGUGCACCGAGUGUGGGAAGUGUUUUUCACUCGGAUAUAAUCUCAAGGUGCACCGACGCAUUCACACCGGAGAGAAACCGUAUCACUGCUCAGACUGCGGGAAGAGUUUUUUACAAAAGAGUGCUUUCCAAAUUCACCAACGCUUUCACACUGGUGAGAAACUGAGAGAGUUACAGUAGACGCGAACACUUUAAGAAACACAAGAAUGUUAACGAGGCUGGAAAGGCCAUCAAAAAAUGUUAACGUGGCUGGUCAUCAAAAAAAAAAUGUUGUAAGUCAAAUAUUUGAGAUCUGUUAUACACUAUGUAGAACUUGGUGUAUUGCUUGGUGUGUGUGUUACAUGGAACUGAUUUCAGAGUGUUUUUUUAUUUUGUAAAUGUAUACUGAUAUUGAACCUAUUAAGACUGUUAGUUUUUUUUUUCCCAGUUUUUUAUUUCUACCUUUUCCCCAGUGUCAAAUCAGUGUUCUCACACAUCUGACUAAAUAAACACAGUGUAAACACUUCAUAUUCUGUCUCCCAGUACGAAAGUAAAAGCAUGUGUUUAUUUUCUGAUAUAAAGGGACAGUGUGACAGUAUUUUUUAUUUUUUUAAUAACAAGAUUUAAUGCUUUUUUAAAUAAACAGAAACCUUCUGGA